AUGUUCCCGGCGAUUCUUGUGUUCGGAGAUUCCACAAUCGACACCGGGAACAACAACUACAUCAAUACCAUCAUCCGGGCUAAUUUCCCUCCUUACGGCCGCAAUUUCCCCGGCGGAAACGCUACCGGAAGAUUCUCCAACGGUAAACUCAUCCCGGACUUCAUAGCAACCCUUAUGGGAAUCAAAGACACCGUUCCUCCUUUCCUCAAUCCACAUUUGUCGGAUUCCGAUAUUCUCACCGGAGUGUGCUUUGCCUCGGCGGGUUCAGGUUACGACAACUUCACAGAUCUAGCUACUUUAAGUCUAUCCGUCGCUAAACAGGCAGAUAUGCUCAGAAGUUACUUGGCGAGGCUGAACCUGAUCGUCGGGGAAGAGAAAGCGGCCAAGAUAGUAAGCGAGGCUCUGGUGAUUGUAAGCUCUGGAACUAACGAUUUCGAUAUAAAUCUCUACGAUACUCCUUCUCCUCGUCUCAAGCUCGGUGUCGAUGGCUAUCAAAAUUUCAUUCUCUCCAGUGUUCACAAUUUCGUUCAAGAACUAUAUGACAUUGGGUGCCGGAGAAUAAUGGUACUGGGAAUACCGCCGAUCGGAUGUUUACCGAUUCAGAUGACGAUGGCUAGGCAAAAGCAGAACGAGAGACGAUGCGUCGACAAAGAAAACUCAGAUUCACAAAAGUACAACCAGAAGCUAAAGAAGUCCCUGACGGAUAUUCAAUCCAAUCUCACUGGUAGUGUCAUCUUCUACGCCGAUAUCUACGGAGCAAUUUUGGACAUGGCUACUAAUCCCCAAAGAUACGGUGACAGGAAUAAAGGAGACGACGAGAGGAUGCUGCGGAACGGGAGAGAUGGAGCUAUCGUACAUGUGCAACCCAUUAACUCCGACUUGUACCGACCCUAA